CGCAGGGGAGGAGAGGAACAGGUGAGAGUGGAAGUACAGAUCACCUUUCUGCAUCACGGAAUAGCGCCUCAGUGAGUUCUGCAGUAUUGAACAAUCAGAAUGGCUUUUAACGAGCUGACGUCGCGAGCAGUCCUCCUGUAUGAUGAGUGGAUCAAAGAGGCUGACCCCAGAACGGAGGACUGGCUGCUCAUGUCCUCGCCACUCCCCCAGACGAUCAUCAUUGCAGCCUACAUUUACUUUGUCACGUCCUUGGGACCGAAGCUCAUGGAGAACCGCAAACCCUUCCAUCUUAAGGAGGCCAUGAUUGUCUACAAUUUCAGCAUAGUAGCUUUCUCUGUCUACAUGUGUUAUGAGUUUCUCAUGUCUGGCUGGGCAGUAGGCUAUUCCUUCCGCUGUGACAUUGUGGAUUACUCGAGGUCUCCUCAGGCUCUCAGGAUGGCCUGGACCUGCUGGCUGUACUACUUCUCCAAGUUCAUUGAGAUGUUGGAUACAAUCUUCUUUGUCCUCCGAAAAAAGAACAGCCAGGUCACAUUCCUCCACGUCUACCAUCACUCCAUUAUGCCCUUCACCUGGUGGUUCGGAGUCAAAUUCGCUCCAGGUGGACUGGGAACCUUCCAUGCCCUGCUGAACUGCAUUGUCCAUGUCAUCAUGUACUCUUACUAUGCCCUGUCUGCCUUGGGGCCUGCUUACCAGAAGUACCUGUGGUGGAAGAAGUACAUGACCACCAUCCAGCUGGUUCAGUUUGUCAUGGUUACCGCCCACAUCGGCCAGUUCUUCUUCAUGAAGGACUGCCCCUACCAGUACCCUGUCUUCCUGUACAUCAUUGGACUGUACGGCCUCGUGUUCCUGGUGCUGUUCCUCAACUUCUGGUACCAUGCCUACACCAAGGGCAAGAGGCUACCCAAAGCCGUGCAGAACGGCAGUGCAGUGCAGAACGGCAGCGCCACUCAUGGCCACAGCGCUGUGCCCAACGGCAAGGCAUUCCAGAACGGCAAGGCAUUCCAGAACGGCAAGGCAUUCCAGAACGGCAAGGCAGUCCAGGUGUUCCAAAACGGCAAGACGAUCCAGAACGGAAAUGGUGUGCACAAGCAGAAAGAAGAGUGAAGACUGAAAACUGGGUUUUUUUUUCUUUUUUUUUCCUGCCUGUGACAAUCUUGUGGAGGUGAUGCAUCGGAGGCAGUGCUGUACGUUUUAUAAUGGAAUUUUGAUAUUUGAUCUUUCAUUUCAGAGCAUGUUCCUCACCAAAGUUUAAAUAUUCAUUUUCUGUCCCUGCAGUCUUGUUAGCUACUGUAUCUGAAUAGAAUGCCACCCAUGUUUUGGAUUGACUUUUCACCAAUCCCCGAGUUUCGCUAGGUAUCAUUAGCGGGUGCUGUGAGCAGCUGGGUCUGAAGUUAUGAGCAUCACUAGGUUUGUGGAAUGUUCAGUGUGUUUGGGGAACACUGGCUGGACCUGCUGGGCUAUGUCUUUUUUGCAGCUGAAAUGAAAAAUGUAUAUUGUGUUUAAUUUAAUUUUGUAAAACAUUGUGAAUACAAAAUGUCACUGAAAGCAGAACUGGACAGGGAAACUGCUUGCCCCUGAGCAAUGACACUUGAAAGGACUUGUCUGACAAGGGCACAUGAACACUCUCCAGGUGCUGUGUCAUGGAGGUGUGGAAAGCCCAAGAAAGCGACUUGUCCUUUUAAGAGAACCGUGAUUGCAAGUCCUGUCUUUUAAAAUUGUGCUCAACUGCCCGUUAUCACACUAAGUUUCAACUAUCAAAAGAGCUUGGCUGAUCCAUGUGGAAUGAUCCUGUGAGUAGUAAUCUCUUGUGUAUUUAAUUUAUGUGAAAUCCUGUGUCUACAAUGUUAAGUUAUGCAGUGAGAUUUCUAAAUGUACGUUAAGGGCUGCGUUGUUCUUGAAGGAACCAUACCUGUAACGGCUGUGCUGGUUGAGACAGUUGUGCAGUCAGGGUGAUUGAGAACAAAAUGCACACUUUGUAGACUGAAGAUUGUAGUAUAAA